AGCUUUUUAACUCAAGUAAAACUAAUUUUUAAUUACUUGCAAGAGAAAUUCAUUUUACUUUCUAUUUCCAUUUUAUAAAUAAGUCUAUUCGGACCAUUUUGUUUUUCUUUGUUCGUCUCUGUAAAAUUACUACAAAUACAAUUUAUCUUUCGAAGUUCACUUUCUGGCGGCCCACGUCCCAAAAAUGUACUAAUGGUAAAACAAAUAAUAAUAAUAAUAAUAAAAAAAAAAACAAAUGAUCUUUUCAAGUUUUGCACAUCUUAGAAAUGCGUGAAAUUUUCACAUUUGGUGAAAAAAAAAACACUUGAGACUUUACACUAGCUAGUGGUGGUAUCCAAGUCUCUUUGCCCCGCUGAAAAAUCUUUUCCGCUUCAACUUCCUCAUGCUACACUGUUUCCAGCAUAGCACAAAAACAUUGUUGGUCGCAUGAGCGCUGAGGAAUGGUAACAGUUGCAAACCCAACAUCCUCAACAACAAGAACAACAAACAUUUGCGUCACGAAACUAUGAAAUGAAGUCAUGGCCAGCAGCAAGUGUUGCAUGAUCUCUUCACAACAAAACCAGAAUGCCCCCACAUGUUACCCUUUUCCAUCUUCUCCUUCAAUGGGAAUGGUCUGUGCAGACAUGAUGGGGUCUCUCUCUCUUGCUACUGUUUCAAAUGCUCUUUCAUCUCAAGAAAGCUUUGCUUAUGGCCAUCAUGGUCAUACUUCUGGGGUGGGAAAUGGAAGGAGCACAAGCUGGAGUUUUCCCUUCAUGAGGGAGUUCCUCUCUUCAAACUUUGAAGACUGUAGUGAAGUUGGGGCUGGGGAGACUAACAGUAAUGAGAAAACAAACAACAAUGGCAAGUUUAGUGAAGAAAGUAACCCUAACGAGAACCUUCUCAGUGGCAAAGAGGUAGAUAGUGGACACUCUAAACUGUGUGCAAGAGGGCAUUGGAGGCCUGCAGAAGAUUCCAAGCUCAAGGAACUCGUGGCUCUUUAUGGCCCUCAGAAUUGGAACCUCAUAGCUGAAAAGCUAGAAGGAAGAUCAGGGAAGAGCUGUAGGCUGAGGUGGUUCAACCAGUUAGAUCCAAGGAUCAAUAGAAGAGCUUUCAGUGAAGAGGAGGAAGAGAGGCUAAUGCAGGCACAUAGAAUUUAUGGCAACAAAUGGGCCAUGAUUGCAAGGCUUUUCCCUGGGAGAACAGAUAAUGCAGUGAAGAAUCACUGGCAUGUUAUAAUGGCCAGGAAGUACAGGGAACAGUCCAGUGCUUACAGGAGGAGGAGAAUGAGCCAAUCUGUUUACAAAAGGGUGGAGCAAAAUCCAACCUUUGUUUGCAGCAGGGACAAUGCUUCAACCACGGAACAAGAACCAUCGCCUUCUUAUUGUCUCAAUCUCCUCCACAAUGGAGUAGGAGUCACAAAUAACCUGGCUAGUUUCCCAUCCUUCCAUGGAGUAGGUUCUGGUGAGGUUGUUGAUUUUGGCUUAAAUGGUUCUCUACAAAACAUUAAUGGUGUGAGAGAAGCAAUGUCAAACACCCUACAAGUUGGCUUGCGUGCUCAAGCUCAACAAGCACCAUUUGAUUUCUUCUCCGGUGGUGGAAGGAAUGACAUGACGGGAGAGUCUAACGGGGAGAUCAGAAGCUGGGAGAGGAGCAAUGAAUCUGUUGAAUCUGGUUUAUACCCUGAUUAUCCCCAACAAUAUUUGAGGGCAAUGCAACAGCUAGAGAACAAGACACGCAAGAAUUUUUACAGUUUCUUGAAUUCCUCAUGGGCAUCAGGAAGCACAGGCAAGGAAGCAUCAUCAUCAGCAUGUGUUGCAGGAAAGAGAGAUAAAGUGGUGAAUAGUGACCCCCCAGAUGGUGUUCCACCCCCAUUUUUUGACUUCCUUGGAGUAGGAGCCACAUGAUCAGAUGAUCCAAAAGCUGCAAACUUCCCCGGAAGUUCCUGAAUAUAGAUGUGGUCCAACAUAACUGAGAAGCCAUUCGAGGCAAAUAGAAAGGAAUAGUUGCUUGAGUUUGGUGCACUGUGUAACCUUGCGUCACUACCUCUGUGGUGAUGGUGAUAUCACCCGUCUCUAUUGUGAUUUCCUUUCUUUCUCACACAUAUGGGGGACCCUUCUGCAAACUAUUUCAAAAUAAUCAUAUCAUAAUUUAAUUCCAUUA